AUGUGUGACGUAAUAAUCCGUGAAACAAACAGAAAAGCCAAUACAGUGUUUGAUAUGAUAAAUGAAUGCAACCCAACAUCAGAACAACGUGUUUGGAAAGUAGUAACAGAAACAGAAUUCGACGCGUAUUUGGGAUUGUUGCUGCUUGGUGGCGUUACUCAUUCUGGCUACGUUGACACAAAAGAUUUGUGGAAGACAACUGCACAUCCACUGUUUCGAGCUUCAAUGAGCGUCAGACGAUUUUGGGAAAUAAGUCGUUUCAUCCGUUUUGAUAAUGGAAUCACGCGGGAACAUCGCAAACAAUAUGACAAAGCGGCUGCCAUAUCUGACAUAUUUGUGAUGCUGAAUAGAAAUUUACGAAAAUAUUACACCGCAUCAGCCAACGUGACAAUUGAUGAGCAGCUGUACCCGUUCCGCGGAGGCACUGGCUUUAGGCAAUAUAUUCCAUCAAAGCCAACCAAAUACGGCAUAAAAGUAUGGUGGAUGUGCGACUCGAUUACGUCGUAUCCGCUCAAAGGUCAAAUCUACACAGGAAAGGCAGCGUCCGGCCAACGUGAGGGAAAUGUGGGUGAAAGAGUUGUCAAAGACUUAUGCGUGGGCACAUUGCGUGAAAGUGGACGCAACAUUGUUUGUGACAACUUUUUCACAACACACAACUUAGCAAAACAAUUGAUGAACGAUCAUAAAUUGUCCAUACUGGGCACAGUCAUAAGCGCCGCAGAUUUGUGCCAAAACAAUUGUCCAUUGCAAAAGAGCGCCAACCAGAAUCCACCUUAUUUGCAUUCAGUGAGAGCGUUGCCAUGUUCCUAA